AACAUUUUGCAAGUACCAACGAAAAGCCACAAACAAACGUCAACAUGGUCGACUGGACAGAUGCUGAGCGCAGUGCCAUCGUAGGCCUGUGGGGAAAGAUCAGCGUGGAUGAGAUCGGACCCCAGGCCCUGGCCAGACUUCUGAUCGUGUCUCCAUGGACUCAGAGACACUUUAGCACCUUCGGCAACCUGUCCACACCCGCUGCCAUCAUGGGUAACCCCGCCGUGGCCAAGCACGGAAAGACCGUGAUGCACGGACUGGACAGAGCUGUGCAGAACCUGGAUGACAUCAAGAACACCUAUACUGCACUGAGUGUGAUGCACUCCGAGAAACUGCACGUGGAUCCCGAUAACUUCAGGCUCCUCGCCGACUGCAUCACCGUGUGCGUGGCCGCCAAGCUCGGUCCAAGCUCAGAACUCCAUUCGCACCCUUACAGAAUCACCGACUCAAACUAUGGAGUCAGCAGGAGCAGUGGGAUUCGUCUCUCCUUGCCCCAGGAGUACGACGGGAAGGCUGCGACUGCCAGGGGUUCCUGA